CCACAUCACACCUUGGAAUGCAGGCUGUGCUACUUGGUAAGGGGUAUGCCAACGCUCGGCAUUUCAAGUUCAGUACAUGAUCGUCUUGCUGUCCUUUGCUGGUCAGCGUCGACGUUCAGAUUCCAAGAUGACUCUCUAUCUGUCUCCUAUUCGCAUAUUCGACCUCGUCAUGUUCAUUAGUAUGUAUUACUUCCCCUACCUGUUGCAUAUCACCAACGUAUAUUUCAUACUGGACCACUCGCACAUGAGCACAGGCAUCCCACAGCCAUGAUCACCCGUACCAGUGCCCAGCUCGAUCCAGCUGCCCUGACGGUAGCAGCCGCUGUAGCUUGCACAUCUUUGGUUCAGUACCUCGCUGCUAGAGCUACAGAGUCUGAACUCUCCUCGGAAGCCGUGUGUUGGAUGAUAUUUCCAUUCCUCUUUAGGCCACAAGCAAAGCCCUCGACAUAUGUAUCACCGUUAGGGGAUGUGACCUCUACCAAAAAGCCGACUGGAUCGCUACAUCUUUGGGGCCCUGCGGCGUGUAUUUCUGCCCUCAGUCUCUGUAAAACAGAGUUCGGUGCGGUUGUCUGUUUGUUUCCACUUGCAACACCGGUACUGUUCAAGGCUCAAGAACAUCUCCAAUUACGGACUGGCGCUUCGAGGUAUGAGACUACUACAGAAGGAGCCUUACCUCACUCGAUCAUUAAUACGUUCUGGGGGUCACUUCUGGCUGCGGCGGUUGCCGUGUACCCCUUGUCAGCAUGGGACGUCAAGGCAGCUACUAUAGCCGUGAUACCGUUCGUGGCUCUCGUCGUCCUCUUCUUCGUGUCGUUUAUGCCCUUAGCAGGAGAGCGAGGGCGCUUGAAUACCUUCCAUCUUGAGUUGGAAGAUGCCAUCAGGCCUCUCUCCUUGCGGAUCGUGGGCCUCUUGAUCAUCUUGCAGUUUUUCGACAUAUGGGCGUUUGGUUUCCCCAGAAUCGAUGGUGUCUUGACUGUCUUUCUGGGGUUAGCGAAGGCUUUUUCGUUGUAUUUCGCUGUUCAAACUACAAGACAAACACCGGAGUCAUGGCGAAUCGUAACGGUAAUAGCCACGUUUGGCUUGGUUGCAACCAGAAACCCGUUCGCAGAACCUUCAGACACUCAAGCCCUUGCGAACGUUGUUGCUUCCCUUCUUUCACUGGCUCAAACCAUCUACAUGCUGCCGAAGCACACAAAGCAGCGAGCCCUUCUCUGGGCCUUUGUUCUUGUUCCCCUCAUGCCAUACCUAGCCAACAUGGUCGCCAUCAGAGCUGCAGAGUCUACAGCACAGCAACUGGCUCUUCGGCACCCCGGCCAACACCCGGUAGCACAGCUAAUGGACAAGGCAAAAGCAGACUUUGACAGCAUGUUAUCCAGACGGUCAAAGACCUGUGAAGAGGCUGUCGAAGAGUACAAGCGUCGAUACAAGGUUGAUCCACCACCGGGUUUCCGGGGCUGGUACGACUUCGCCGUCAAGAACCAGUCCCCAAUCAUCGAUGACUUUGACACCAUCUACCAGUCAGUGUCGCCGUUCUGGAAACUCAGCGGCCAAGAGGUGCUGGAUGUGAUGAACAAUGCCUAUAACACGCCUCACAGCGAGUUGUGGCAGUGCACCUUUCACGGUGACACUGCAAAGACCGAGUGUCGGCAUCGGUACCGCAGCUUCGACAGACAUCUUACUCUUCUGUUUGACAAGGUGUUGGGUGAUCAGACGGGGGUCCUUCCUGACGUCAAGUUCGUUGUCAAUCACCUUGACGAGCCGCGGGUGGUCGUUCCACCUGACAAAUACCCCACCGGCACGCGCUUUGCUCUUGCCGAUAUGUCUCAAAAGUCGGUUUGGAAGGAACUAACAGCUCUCUGUUCCUCUUCUUCAUCCAAGCUCAAUGACACCACCGACAACAUUGACACAUUCGGUCUCCCCUUCGUUACAUCCGCCGCUUCCUCCCUCGACAUCUGCGCCAACCCUUCCUACGCCAGCACGUACGGCCUCUUCAUCUCCCCGGUCUCCCUGCGCCUGGUGACUGGGCUCGUUCCUGUCCUCUCUACCGGCGCACCGUCCACCAUGUCCGACAUCCUCUACCCCUCCGCCGCCUACAUCGAGUCCGGCUUCGUCUACGAUCCGACCCGUGACAUCCCCUGGGAGCAAAAGUCCAACAACCUCUACUGGGCCGGCUCAACAACCGGCGGAUACGCCUCCUCCUCCUCCUCCUCCUCCUCUUCAGAACAAUGGAAGUCGUUCCACCGCCAACGUUUCGUCUCCCUCGCCCAAAACCUCAACCACCAACCGCAUACCUACCUCCGCUCACUCAACGGCGUCAUAACCCGCUUUACCUCCCCCUUCCUCAACAGCCGCCUCUUCUCCGUCUUCUUCACCCGCUUCCAGUUCUGCUCCCCCUCCACCUGCCGCGCCCAACGCUCCUUCUUCCGCACAAAAUCCUACGCCGACAAAGACGAAGCUUUUGGGUCACGCUUGGUUUUUGACCUAGACGGCAACGGCAUUUCGGGGCGGUACUACAAGCUUUUGGCGUCUAACAGCGCGGUGCUCAAGCAGACUUUGCUGAGGGAGUGGCAUGAUGAUCGGCUGGUUCCCUGGGUGCAUUAUUUCCCGGUGAGUAUGGGCAUGGAGGAAGUACCUGAGUUGGUGAUGUAUUUGACUAGUUCGGAGGAGGGCAGAAAGAAGGCAAGGGAGGUGGCGGAGAGGGGGAGGGAGUGGUGGGGGAGGGCGCUGAGGGAAAGGGAUAUGGGUGUUUAUUUGUAUCGGUUGCUUUUGGAGGUGGGGAGGUUGCAGGAGAGGGGAAGGGGGAGGGGGGAGCCGAGGGCGGUACACUAGAGGUUGUGUUGCGGUGUAUUGGCUGGGUGACAGGAUCUGUCUCAGUUCUUGGAUAGUAGUUUUGGGACGUAAGUUCGGGUUUAAAUGGGUUCUACAGUCCAAUGCUGGUUUUUUUGUUAACUCUAUACCCCGAGUAAGACAUAUGCCAACCCAUCCUGAACGCCGCAAUGGUACUUUAAAAU